AUGCUCCUCGAGAAUAUCUGGACCGACCGUGGCCCUGUGAACGGGGCCUUUGGCACCGUUGAACACGAAACGCCGUUACCCCUGCUUGUGCGGUUUGACCCAUUCUCAGGCCGCGGAAUUAGGUCCGGAUCCCCCGCUGUGCCCAUUCUUCGCGUCACGCGCGAAUUCCUCGUGGGAAACCAACAGUGGCAUUACCGUGGACAGGGCUGUCAGUCUGUCCUUAAUAUCAGCGACCGUGCGCACUCCGCGGGCCUACACUAUGUCGCACUCUCUCGAGUCCGCAUCCUUUCCGGCACCCUCUUGGAGGAUACCAACCCGCUCGGCCUACGACACCCAUGCUGA